UUGUCUUUGUAAUAUCAUUUUUCAUUUACGUUAUUUUUCCCUUUUGAGUCAAAGGUCAUUUGGCCAAUUUUGUUAAUGGGAAAGGUCAUUUGAAACAAUUCCCACGCAAGAAUACCUUUCACCUUCUACAGCUGACUCGUCGGAGAAAACCCUAGUCAUUUCCCCCUUAUCAUUGAUCUGGUUGAUCCCCGUGGAUAAGUUUUCUCAUUUGUGUUUCUGAUUUUUGUUUGGAUUAUUUUGAGUUCAGCUACCAUGGAUGAGGAGUACGAUGUGAUAGUUCUUGGGACGGGUCUCAAGGAAUGCAUCCUUAGUGGUCUGCUGUCCGUUGAUGGUCUUAAGGUUUUGCAUAUGGAUCGUAAUGACUAUUACGGUGGGGAGUCGACAUCACUCAACCUCGUUCAGAUGUGGAAGAGGUUUAGAGGAAGCGAUCAGCCUCCAGCUCACCUGGGUUCUAGCAGAGAUUAUAACGUCGACAUGGUCCCGAAGUAUAUCAUGGCAAAUGGUGCUCUUGUACGGGUCCUCAUUCACACUGAUGUUACAAAGUAUUUGUAUUUCAAAGCUGUUGAUGGAAGCUUUGUGUACAACAAAGGAAAGGCAUGGAAGUAUGGUCUUGAUGACAACACUGUGGAUUUUAUUGGUCAUGCAUUGGCUCUUCACAGAGAUGAUCGUUACUUAAAUGAACCAGCAUUGGACACUGUGAAAAGGAUGAAACUUUAUGCAGAGUCUUUAGCACGUUUUGCUGGAGGGUCCCCGUAUAUCUACCCUUUAUACGGUCUUGGAGAGCUUCCUCAAGCAUUUGCUCGCCUCAGUGCUGUGUAUGGUGGGACCUACAUGUUGAAUAAACCUGAUUGCAAGGUUGAGUUUGGUGAUGAAGGCAAGGUCUGUGGAGUCACAUCAGAAGGGGAAACAGCAAAGUGUAAGAAAGUGGUGUGUGAUCCUUCCUACCUUCCCAACAAGGUGAGGAAAGUCGGGAAAGUCGCUAGAGCUAUAGCUAUCAUGAGCCACCCAAUUCCAAACACCAAUGAUUCUCAUUCUGCUCAAGUUAUUCUACCUCAGAAGCAGUUGGGCCGCAAAUCAGAUAUGUACUUGUUCUGUUGCUCUUAUUCUCACAAUGUUGCUCCUAAAGGAAAAUUCAUUGCCUUUGUCUCUACCGAAGCAGAGACAGAUAACCCUGAGACUGAACUGAAGCCAGGUAUUGAUCUUCUUGGACCUGUGGAUGAGAUUUUCUUUGAGACUUAUGACAGAUAUGAACCGGUUAAUGAGCCUUCGCUGGACAAUUGCUUUAUAUCGACUAGUUAUGAUGCCACCACUCACUUUGAAUCGACCGUUGUUGAUGUGCUGAAUAUGUAUACACUCAUCACUGGAAAGGUUCUCGAUCUCAAUGUGGAUUUAAGUGCUGCAAGUGCUGCUGAGGAAUGAGAAGUUUGAUGCUUGCUGAUUGGCUUGGCUUGUCAGUGUUUUUUUAUCCUGCUCUAAGCAUGAAGCAUGAGAAUUUUAUAGUACCUGUAAAACUGAUGAUCGACAUUAUGCAUCUUUGAUGGUUCUUGUUGUGUUCCAACUUAAAGCGUUAUUUUUUUUUUCUUUUAAGAUAAGAUUUAUCUUUAAAUUCAAAAUACUUAUGGAUAUUUUUUAAUAUAACUUUCUCUAAAAGUCACGGAUUUCUUCGACAAUCGUGCAAUCAAUUUGGUAACAUUUAAUGAGAGAAAAUUACAAAUUUGAUCUCACCUUUGAUUGUUUUCCACAUUUGGUUCCAG